CUUUUGGUAGGUUUAAUAUGGCAGCAACGGCUGCUGUCAACAGACCUCCGCCCCCUCAUCCAGGACCAAAUGGAGGGAACCCGUACGCUCACGCCACCAAUGGUGAGCCAAUAUCUCAGCCGCAAGACCCAGGACUGCACGGCUCCAGCCAGGAUCCAGGACCUCCAUCCUAUCCCCAACACCAUGUCUCUGCCCGGCCUGUCUUCUACGUCCAUGCUCAACCUCCCCUUUCCUCCAAUACCAGUGGCCCAUGCCCUUCUCCUAUAACCCCUAUGCGGGCUUCCCAGGCAUGGGCUAUGGUAUGGUAAUGCCCCCAUUCCCUCCUCCUCCUCCCUACAUGGAGGCUCCAGCUUACAUUCUGCCCCACCCCCACUUUCAACCAGUCGACUACAGACGUUUGCUGCACCCCCAGGUCCACGCUCCCAGUGCACCCUACCAGAACCCUAACCAGGUCCGCAGAGUCCGCCUGCCUCAAACGGGCCCUGUUAGAGAAACUGUGAACUCUGAGGUCCAAACGGAACCCACACAGAGAGGCGUAGGCGGCUAUGGUGAGGAAAGCCCACUUGUCGGCACAGAUUCUGGGCGUGGAACCGCCUCAAACUCUCCAUCACCCUCAAGCUCCACCUCUGAAAAACAAGGCUCUGACGUGGUUGAGAACUAUAUAUUGCCAAGCGUCAACCAGGUCAAAAGGACGAGCACAAGUAGUUCAGUCAAACGCUCCUUUGCCGUCUUGCAUCCCACGGAAACGAAGACUGUCCAGGAGCAUAUCAGAGCAACUCUAGAAAAGCAGCAGAGCCUUAAAGACUGUGUCGGUCAGGAGAACGUUCCCCCUUGCAGAAACGCUCACUGCAAUGUGUGGUCAGUGAGUUCUGCAGAUAGUAUGGUUCCUGUGUGCAGCUCUUCUCAACAAGAAGAGGAGGUUGUCAAAGAGAGACGCGUCUCUGUUCCUGACAUUCUAAUGAGCUGGGGAGUUGGCCCACCGCAGGCAACAACGUUGACGAUGCCCGGCAAGCUGCCUCAGAAUGACCUUGGAACUGAAGUAGAGCAUGAUCAGUCCCUUUAUAAGAGUCCAGCGGUGGCUGAGACUGCUUUUGCUGAUGAUGCUGAAGGUAACUUAAGCUCAAGGGACAGUGCAACCCUUUUCAAGAGCCUCAAAAGGAGAGCUCUUGAAGAGCAAAUGAUGGAAUCCAGUAGAGAAAAUGAGUCCAUGGGAUUGGUUGGCUCUGUUAGAAGUUGCCCACCCUACAGAGAUGAACUGCUACAUUACCUAAACGCUUCUGAUAAGCUCCCUGACAACGAGCAGGAAAAUGGCAGCGAGACAAUUCCACACGAAGACACUGCAGACAUCAUUCCCUAUCAAAUGUCUUUAAGUAGUGGUCAGAUGAAGAGACAAAUGAAUGAGUCUGUUUGGUCUGUGGAGUCUCUGACACCCUAUAUCCCCACUAAAGAGUGGCUGCUUCAGAACACCACGUUUGAGAAUCAAGUAAUCGUCGAGAUAAUGGAGGAAGCUGAAAAUGGUGGACUGUUAACCCCGAACAACCCAAUUGUCAAAGCUGGUAAAGAGAGGAGGCAGACUCGCAGGUAUUCCUCUUCUGACUCUAUUCCAAUGUCGGACAGCUGGCUCGUUUUCAGUACCCCCGCUGGGAGGCCAAAGAAGCCAGAAAUGGAGAGUGAAAUCGAUGCGUCUGAAAUUGGAUCAAAAAAAGGCCAGAACAUGGCUCCUUCAGAAAAGGAUUCCAUCACUUCCCCGACUCAACUGCCGCCGAGCAAAACCGUUUUAUCUACUGCCACUGAAGAGGAUGUGGAUAAAAAUAGGUCUUCUGAACCGGAGGCUAAUCAAAGCCCAAACCAGGAAUUGCUAAUUGUAAAUGAGCAGCAGGAAAAAACUCUCCUCUUAAACUCUGCGGCAGCGGAGAAGAUCACCACUGCACGGCAGCUGGUCUUCCUAAAGGGAGUGGACCUGGAGGCGGAGGAUGAAGCAUGCGGGAAGGAAGAAGUCAGCCAGCUGAGAAAUGAGCAACUGUGUGUCCCGAUGGCAGACCAUAGGAUGGCCAAAGUGUCCCCGUCAAAGGGUCGUUUGGUGGACUGUGGUGUCCAGUGCACAGGAUUACAGGAGCGGAACUGUGACUGCGAGGUGACGAAGAGCAGAAUGGGACCAGGCAGAAGGCAUUAUGUUAAAUACACAGAUAAGAGGAAGGCAAUCAAUGGCCAGGGUGAAGGAUUCAGCAUGAAGGGACAAAUGCAGAAAAACCACAAGAAGCCUCACUGGAAGAACAGGGGUCAAGAAAAGCCGUGCAGGAAGACUACAACGGAUACUAUGGUAAACGCCAAGGUGGAAAUGGAAGGAACUUCUGAGCACUGACUGCACACUACAAGACAACGCUUGGUUUUAAAGAUUAAAUUGAA